AACCCCACCCAUAUAUGUCGACUGAUUUCUUUUCCUGAGUUGUUGUAUUUUAGCUCAUUGGCUAAGUAGCAGCGUUUGUCCGCUCUGUCUGGAGCAGAUGUUUGCUUUCCUUUCCAAAGAACAUGUUUCCGAGGUCUCCAGUGUUCUCUCACAAGCACGGGCAAGUUAAUGGUUUGUUCCCCCAGCGUGUUGUCCCCCACACCUUCUCACAUCAGCAACGAACUGAAACCCACCUGAAUCUCAGCGACACACGCUUGCAUGGCCACCCUUUGAUCGUAUUCCCUCUUAUCCCAAAAUACCAGUGGAUAGCAGCACCGGAAAUUUCUCGCACCGAUCCACACAGAUCUCGGAAGAGGAAAAGUGAUGGAAACAUUCAGAAUGACCUGAAACGGCAGCGCUUCAGUUCUUCCCAUCCAUAUGGACAACCGGUCAAACCAGGCACUUUCAGCCCAGUGCGUCAGGGAGAACUGGGCCAGACCAGUGGGCUCGUGAGGGAGGUCUGUUCUUCUCCUCACCCUCCUAUACCCCCUCCAGUCACCUCGAAAUCACCGUGCAGUGUGCCAUUUCUCAAGGAGUCCAGUCAGAAUUCCUUUCCGGCACACGUUGUCAAAGAUAAGCUGAGCCAGCAGAUUCUGGAUCUGUUCCACUCUUGUGAGCAGCAGCGUGAGGACUUGGAGAAGAAGGAAUUCUGUCGUGCGCAGUUGCAGAUAGACAUUCAGAGACUCUUCCCAUGUGCCAGGAUAUUCCUGGCAGGGUCGUCUCUGAACGGCUUCGGUAGUCGGACCAGUGAUGCUGAUUUAUGCCUUGUUGUUCAAGAGGGUCCAAUUAACCAGAAAACGGAUGCAGUGCACAUACUCAGUCUUGUUCAGAAGCUGCUAUACAAGCUGUCUUACAUCGAGAGACCUCAGCUCAUCCGAGCGAAAGUGCCGAUACUGAAGUUCAGGGAUCGACUCAGUUGUGUGGAGUUUGAUUUGAAUGUUAACAACACUGUGGGGAUCAGAAACACUUUCCUGCUGCGGACGUACGCAUACCUUGACAAGCGUGUUCGCCCCAUCAUCCUUGCGAUCAAGAAGUGGGCGAGUCAUCACAGAAUUAACGAUGCAAGCCGUGGAACCCUGAGCAGCUACACACUGGUCCUGAUGGUUCUACAUUACCUCCAGACUCUUCCGGAUCCUGUCAUUCCUUGCCUUCAAAAGGAUUAUCCAGAGUGUUUCAGCCCUGUAAUGGAUCUUCAUCUUGUACCAGAUGGACCCAAGAACAUUCCUCCUUUUGUUUCGAAGAACCAGUCAUCUCUUGGAGAUUUACUCCUUGGCUUCCUGAAAUAUUAUGCCACAGUUUUCAGAUGGGAGAAAUAUAUCAUCUCUGUUCGUGAAGCAAAAGCUCUGCCCAAGGCAAACUGCUGGGAAUGGAGAAGCAAGUUCCUUUACGUAGAAGAACCGUUCGAUGGCUCGAACACGGCCAGAGCAGUUCAUGAGAAAAUCAAGUUUGAUGCCAUCAAAGCAGUGUUCACAGAGUCCUGGCAGGUGCUGGAAGUGAGGAAGGAUCUGAACUCCAUUUUACCCAUCAGACAAACAAUCCCGAAAAGAUAACCCAAGCCCAGUCUGCAAUUAUGAACUUUUUUUUUUUUUUAAUCAAGAAUGCAGAACCAUCGUCGUGAUCUUUUAAACACGGCGACCAUCUUGAACCACUUUCCUUGCAUCCCCACCACCUUUACACAGUACCUGUUUAAGUUGAAGGCAGAUGUUGAAGAAUUCUCUGAUCUCGCCCCAUGUUCCUCAUCAUGUCCUUGGGCACGUUCCUGUCCAAGUUCUCUCUUUUGUUGCACAAUGUUUCUCAAAGUGGCUCCUCAGGUUCUCUCCCCAAACACUUCAUGCUUCAUUAAUCUGUUCUGUAUUUCUUCAAUGAAAUAUAACGAGCACCUGAUCUCUGAUUUGACGUCUGGUUUAUGACACGUUAUUUCAUACCUGACCUCUCAAAGCCAAGCAUUACUCGCUUUGUUCUGUCACUUCUUUUACAUUCUGUACAGUCUUUUUUAAAUGUUUAUCUAAAGAAUUAAAAUGUCCUAAUUUAAA